CCAUGCGCAGCAUCUGACGCGCUUAUAUAUUUCAGAUUAAAAGAACAAACAGAACAGCCCAUUUCUCUCACUAAAAAAGCCAUUUCCGGCAUUCUCUCCGGAUUUUCGUCGACCGGCUGCGGCAGCGGCCUUAUUACCGUACGGAGUAGCCACCUGAAAAUCUGCGGCCCUAUUACCGUACGGUGUAGCCACCUGAAAAUCUGAAUUUUCAGCGACUGGCGGCGGCAGCGGCCCUAUCACCGUACGGAGUACCACCUGAAAAUCUGGUAUAAUGGCAUUUAUCGGUUGUCCACAUGUUCAGAGGUCUUUCAGUUUGACAACAAGAAGAGGAGUGCUCUCACCUAGCCCUAUUGUUUAUGAUGACUAUGGUGCAUGCUACGCCUAUGCCUUUGCCGAGGUCGUAGGUGCAGUGUUUGGUUACGAGGAGAGCCGAAGAAAUGAUACAUGGCCUCCAACCCACACUCCGCUAUCCGCACGGCAGCUGAUUGAUGACAUGCCUAGGAGAUAUCUCGAUGGAGAUUCUGAAAACGUGUCAGGGAUUUAUACACCGCGUUUGGAGCUUGUUGUUGACUACAUUAAGAGGUAUGGGAUUGCUAGAGAGGAAGACUAUGCUGCUGCCCUCCACAACAAUAAUGUUGUGGAGCUUGACCAGAUUCCUCGUUUGCGACCACGUGUAUUGGAGGAUAUUAUCUACUAUGGGGACGUUCAUAGGCAUCUAAGGCGUUAUCCUCUGGUGGCGUCUAUCGACACCCAUGGCGAUAUGCUUUAUCACCUUCAAAGACAUGAGAUACAUUCAUGGAGAGGAGAAGGAAACCACAUGGUUAUUCUUACCGGGUACGGAACCAUCGCAGAUCAGAAGGUUUAUGAAUUUAAGAACAGCUGGGGUCUUGGAUUUGCGUCCAACGGUUACGGUCUCGUAGCGCGAGAAGCCGUGGUCGACAUAUGGAAACCAAGCAACGUUGAGCUUAUUCAGCCAGCCGAGCAAGAAUGAUGUUGCAAAACCGGAAUGUGAGUUGAUAAACUAGCUAGCUUGGGUGUUGCUGAUCUCUCUUUUGUGAAUUACAUACUGUUUGAGGAGUCUUUCAUGUUUUAAUGGUUGUUAAUAGUAGAUACUAUUACUAUACAUUUAUGUGGGAGUGUGGGACACUUGGAAGUUGGAAGCGAAGAAAUGUGAGUUGCUAAACUGUUCAUGGGAUUUUAAUUAGGUUGCAAUAGUUGCUAGGCAAGCUCUCCCGUGCACUUGCAUUAUAGGAUGUUUUGGUACAUCCGACAGAUGGCAUAAUAUUAUUUGAAAAUACUCCACGUAGGUCUCCAGUGUCUUUACUCUGUACACUGCUUUGCUCUUUAUACUCC